CAGCCAUGGCAUCGAUGUGUCCGUAUCGGGCAGGCGGAUGCAUUGCCCGCAUGCUAAGCGCAGCGCUCCCGGAGUCGGACUGAUCAGCCAGACUGGCGGCGUGUGCAGCUGCCGCAGGAGCAUUAACCAUGUCUCUCUCUCCCUUCGCAGAGCCUGCCCUGAUCCUGUCCCCCUCCAUGGAAGCGCAGAUGGUGCAGUCGCUGGGCUUCGCCAUCUACCGGGCGCUGGACUGGGGGCUGGACGAGAGCGAGGAGCGGGAGCUGAGUCCGCAGCUGGAGCAGCUCGAGGGCGGCUGCGGCCUGGCGGACGAGGGCUACGGGGGGCAGGACGAAGAGGAGGAGGUGGCGGGGGGGCUCCCCCGGGCCGUGCGCUCCUUCGGGCAGGCCAUGAGGCUGUGCGCCGCUCGCCUGACGGCCCCCCGCGAGGCGCAGCUGCACUACCAGGCCGUGUGCAGGGCCCUCUUCGUGGAGAUGCUGGAGCUGAAGGCUUUCCUCACCAAGAUCCGGGACGCCAAGGAGAUGCUGAGGAAGCUGAAGGAGGAGGAGGCGGGGCCGGGGGAGAGGUGGGCAGAGGAGCUGGACAGCCUGCGGAACACAGACUGGGCCCGGCUGUGGGUGCAGCUGAUGCGGGAGCUCCGCCACGGGGUCAAGCUGAAGAAGGUCCAGGAGAAGCAGUACGACCCCCUGCCCACCGAGUACCAGCUGACCCCCUUCGAGAUGCUGAUGCAGGACAUCCGGGCACGCAACUACAAGCUCCGCCAAGUCAUGGUGGAUGGGGACAUCCCGCCCCGGGUGAAGAAAGACGCCCACGAACGGAUCCUGGAUUUCAUACGCUCACGGCCGCCACUGAAACAGGUAACGUCCGGGGGAACUGGAGUGCCCGGGCCGUGUGGCCCCCGACUGCCUGGACUCAGAGCCCGGGAGAGGCCCCGGGAGGAGAGGGCUUGUCGGCCGCUGACUCCGGAGUUCAGCCACCCCGUGGAGAGCCUGGCCCUGACCGUGGAGGAGAUGAUCAACGUGCGCAGGGUGCUGGUGAAGGCCGAGAUGGAGAAGUUCCUCCAGAGCAAGGAACUCUACAGCAGCCUGAAGAAAGGGAAGAUAUGCUGCUGCUGCAAAGCCAAGUUCCCCUUGUUUUCCUGGCCCUCCGCCUGUCUCUUCUGCAAGAGGUCCGUCUGCACCUCCUGCAGCCUGAAGGUAAGAGACUUCCGGGAGUGUGCCCCGUGUCUGGGGCCUCGUCUCGUUGUCGAAGGCCCUGUCCCAGGGGGAACAGGUCGGGCAGCGAUCUCAGGGUGCCGGCGGGUCGGACAGCGAUCUCAGGGUGCCGGCGGGUCGGGCAGCGAUUUCAGGAUAACCAACGAGGAAUCGGAGGAGGCUCUAGCGUGCAACGAGGAGAGAGCAUGUUCCAGACUGACAGAGCAGGAUGGCCCAGGGAACGAUGAAGAGGCUGAAACUGGAGCGCCAGAGAGCAAUGGGCAGAGAUGUGGCGAGGAUGCUCAACAGCAGGACCAGACGGUGACAAACCUGCAGCCUGUGUCCGCCAACAAGCCCCGGAAGAAGAAGAAGAAACGGAAGAACAAGAGAACUGUGGCUGGCGAGGCUCCGGAGGACGAUGACCUGGAAGACAUCGACAGCCUCCUGGAGAAGAUGGAGGAGCCCAAUGGGCUGCUGUGCGAAACCAAGAGCGGUGUCGUGGCAGACAGUCGGCCGCUGCUCUACGUAGAGCACAGGAACUUGAAUGCAGAGACGGAGCUGAAGAGGUACUUCGGGGCUCGGGCCGUGCUGGGCGAUCAGAGGCCCCGGCAGAGGCAGCGUCAGUACGUCCGCAGCACGUGGCUCACCAUCCCCAAGAUCAGCUGGCCACGCUACAGCAAAACAGGCUUGGCCAUGAAGCUGCUGGAGACCAGAAGAGGGGUCCAGCACUUCACAUUUGAGCACCAUCGAGAGUACCAGCAAGUGCAGUUCCGGUUCCUGGAUGCAGUGGAGUCUCUGGACCCAAACAAUAUCGUGCUUUUGCUCCAGAUGAACCCCUACCACGUGGAUUCGCUGCUGCAGCUCAGCGAGGUGUGCCGCAUGCAGGAGGAUCAGGAGAUGGCCCGAGACCUCGUAGAGCGAGCGCUGUACAGCCUGGAGUGUGCGUUUCACCCCGUGUUCAGCCUCACCAGCGGGACCUGCAGGCUCGAUUACCGGAGACCUGAGAACAGAUGCUUCUACCUGUCUCUCUUCAAACACAUGAUCUUCCUGGAGAAGAGGGGCUGUCCCCGGACAGCCCUGGAGUUCUGCAAACUCAUCCUAAGCCUUGAUCCGGAGACCGACCCGCUGUGUGUGCUGCUGCUCAUUGAUUUGCUGUCGCUCCGAGCCAGAGAGUACGCCUUCCUGACGCGCAUGUUCCAGGAGUGGGAGGGUCACCGGAACUUGUCCCAGCUCCCGAACUUCGCCUUCUCGGUCCCGCUGGCCUAUUUCUUUCUGAGCCAGCAGGAAGAGCUCUCGGAAGUGGAGCGAAGCCAGGCGCAGGAAAGAGCUGCCCACCUUCUCCAGGGCGCGCUGAUCAUGUUCCCCAGCGUUCUCCUGCCGUUGCUCGAUCGCUGCAGCGUGCAGCCGGACUCCACGGUGGCUUCGCAUGCCUUUUUCGGCCUCCACACUCAGAUCAGCCAGCCUCCUGCCCUGACCCAGCUGGUCGCCCUGUACAUUGGAAGGACUCACUCCCUGUGGAAGGACCCGGGCGUCAUGGCGUGGCUGGAAACCAGCGUCCAUGAGGUGUUACGGAGGGUGGAGGCGAGUGAUCCGGCAGUGGAGGAGUCUGCGCAGAACAAACGCAGGCAGCUGCCGAGUGCACCCUUACAGCAGCGCAAGGCUGGUCCUUUCUGCGAGCCAGACGGCGGUUGGCAGGGCUCUGAUUUCUGUCUCUCUCUGAAGGAAGUGACGUCCCAGCCUGUGAUGGGGUUUGACCCCCUGCCUCCGCUGGACUCCAUCACUUCCUAUACGAGACCAGAAAGGACGAAUCAUCCCUCCAAUGAAAGCACUUUAUCGCUCUUUUUCCGAUCCCUGCUGCCAAAUUUCACCUUGCAGGGGGAAGCCCGGCGUGACGAGGCUGGAGCUGGACAAGAUCUGAACCAGGGUGUGAACAGGCUGAUGGCGGCCAUGCGGGACAUGCUGGCCAAUAUCCAGUUCCAGGAGCCUCCGCGGGACGAGAACCCCGAGGGUGACGCCGACUGGGACUGAAAGCACCUUCCCCCUCCCCUCACCGUGCGGUGUUAUGCCCCUGAUUUGUGGGGCAGUGGAAUAAAGAGCCCCCCCCCCCAGAGCAGAGCCCCAGGCGUUGUUCCUGCUCUUGGGGCUCUGCUGA